GACUUUGACGCCCGUGGUUCUGAGAACAGUGGUGUGUCGGGUUACAGGCGUGGCGCAGUUUGAUUCUGAUCGUUUCGUAAUUCAUCAUCGCUAAGCAGGAAGUGCAGUCAUGGCGCAGGGGCUCAGAGAAAGAUUUGAAAAUUUUCUCCAUGAAAAGAAUCUGAUGACAGAUGUCCUGGCAAAGGUGGAAGCAAAAACCGGAGUAAGCAGGACCUACAUUGCUCUCGCUGUCAUCGGUGUAAUCGCAGUUUACUUGGUCAUUGGAUACGGAGCCUCCCUGCUAUGUAACCUCAUCGGGUUUGCGUAUCCAGCCUACAUAUCGAUUAAGGCCAUUGAAAGUGCCACCAAAGAUGAUGAUACUAAGUGGCUGACCUACUGGGUGGUGUAUGGAGUCUUCAGUGUGGCAGAGUUUUUUGCUGACAUCUUCCUUUCCUGGUUCCCAUUCUACUAUAUUGGAAAGUGUGCCUUCUUGGUGUGGUGUAUGGCUCCAACUCCUUCCAAUGGAUCGGUUCAGAUAUAUAACCGCAUCAUUCGACCAUUCUUCCUCAAGAAUGAGGCCAAGAUUGAUGAUGUAGUGAAGAACAUCAAGGACAAGGCGUCAGAAGCUGCUGACAAGUUCAAGGAUGAGGCUAAGAAAGCCACAGCAAACAUCAUAUUUGAGGAAAAGAAGAGCUCCUAAGAAUGAAGUCUGUCCACAGUGCCAGCUCUGUAGCUGACUCAUUGAAGAAAUUUUGCCUUGAAAAUGUCAGUUUUUACAGCAACCAUUCAGAACACAACUGUAAGCUUCCUGCCUGUGAUAUUAAAUGUAAAACUGUAGCAGUCAAAGCCGCUCCAUGAUUUGUUUUGUUUUUCUGGAAGGCUCUCAGUUUAACUGUAUGGUAGUCCUGGUAUGCUUCUUGAACCAAAUAAAAACUACUUUACUAAAACCAUUUCCUAAUGUUAAUGAUCGUACAACAGAUUUGAUGGAGAUUAUUCAGUUUGCUGUAGAGGAUUUGUUGUGACUCAGGUCUUACUGACGACUCAUGUGCUUUGCUGUUCUUUGGUUUUUCCUUUAUCACUGCCUAAGUAAUAUUUGGUGCCAGUUUGAUCAGCUCACUGAAAAGAUGUUAACUAGUAAGAGACUUCAAAUGGAACAAAUUGUGUGUUCUAUAUCCCCUUAAUGAAGUGUUUUGGAAAAAAAAAAAGAAAGUUAAAACUAUUCACUUUGGGCCUGGCCUGAUAUAUAGUGUAAAUCCAGCUGGGAUGUGAGGAGGUAGAACAGGUCACCUAAUAAUUGGAAGGUUAGUGGUUUGAUCCAUGUCUGCUCCAGUCUGUAUGCCAAAUAUCCUUGGGCAAGAUACUAAUCCCAAUUUGCUUUAUACUCUGAUAAAGAGCACUUAUGUAGGCAAAGCAUGGAGGGAAAAAAGUGCUUGUAUGAAUGGGGGUGAAUGAGGACAGGUUCUGUAAGUGCUUUAAGGUCUCAGUUAGACUAGAAAAGUGCUUUAUAAAAACCAUUUCAUUUACCAGUGCGUUUUUAGCUGUCCCUGAACAGGGAUGUAAAAAUACAGCAAUGAUAAUUUUUUAAUAUACAAUGCUCACAAAAGGAACAGAUUUUAAUCUGUGCUCAUGACAAGUACAGAAACAGCUUUAGUGAAGAUUACAAAUGUUCUUCUUAUGGCCUCUGACAGUGGACUCAGUCUCUGUGCUUGUCCUGCUAGACCUCAGUGCAGCUUUUGAUACUGCUGACCAUAAUAUCCUAUUAGAGUAAUUAGAGCAUGCUGCAGGUAUUACAGGUACUACGCUGCAGUGGUUUCACAUCUAUCUAAUAGACUCCAAUUUGUUCAUGUAAACGGAGAGUCCGCUUCAUACACUAAGGCAAUUAUGGAGUUCCACAUGGUUCAGUGCUAGGACCCAUUCUGUUUACAUUAUACAUGCUUGCCUUAGGCAGUAUCA